UCGAAGCGGUGUCUGCAAAGGCAGGACAUGGUGUGCAGCUGCUGAGAAACUAAUGGGUAAUAUGCAACAGACGGGGUUUAGUCAGUAUCAACCGAGAGGGACUUGGUCAGCGAAUGACUCCAAAGGACCGGUUGUACAGGAUUUAACUUAUCUACAUCAACGAAAUGCGCCUUACUUGGAAACGAUGGACUGUUUGCACCAUUAGUAUUCUGUUGAUCUUUUACAAGACGAAAGACAUAGCAAGAAGUGGGGAACAUCAGGAAGCCCAACUCACAGGAGAUGGCGAGCUAAUAGCCUUCAGGCUAAUGGUCAAUAGCUCGGAGAAAGGCAGUGGCAGGAGCGUGCCUGAGGUGCCCCAGCCCUCGGGGGACGGCUGGAGGGUCAACUCCUCACUGGUGCUAAUGAUACGAAAGGACAUCUUGCGAUUCCUGGAUGCAGAAAGGGACGUGUCUGUGGUGAAGAGCAGCCUGAAGCCCGGCGACACCAUUCACUAUGUUCUAGACCGGCGCCGGACGCUCAACGUCUCGCAAACACUGCACAAGCUGCUGCCUGAAGUCUCGCCACUGAAGAACCGGAGGUUCAAGACCUGCGCUGUCGUCGGGAACUCUGGGGUGCUGCUGAGCAGCGGAUGUGGACACGAGAUCGACAGCCAUGAUUUUGUGAUAAGAUGCAACCUGGCCCCGCAGGCUGAGUUCGCAGCCGAUGUGGGCCUGCGCUCGGACUUCACCACCAUGAACCCGUCGGUAAUCCAGCGGGCGUACGGGGGCCUGCGCAACGCCACGGACCGCGAGCGCUUCGUCGAGCGGCUGCAGGCCCUCAACGACAGCGUGCUGUGGAUCCCCGCCUUCAUGGUGAAGGGCGGCGAGAAGCACGUCGAAGGCGUCAACGAGCUCAUCCUGCAGAGGGGCCUGUCCGUGAAGCCGGCGUACCCCUCGCUGCGGCUCAUCCACGCUGUUAGGGGGUACUGGCUCACCAACAAAAUUCACAUCAAACGGCCAAGCACUGGAUUACUCAUGUACACCUUGGCCACUCGUUUCUGUGAUGAGAUUCACCUCUAUGGGUUUUGGCCCUUUCCCAAAGACUCGCAGGGGAACCCAGUGAAGUACCACUACUACGACACAAUCAAAUAUCGCUACUUCUCCAAUGCGGGGCCACACCGGAUGCCACUGGAGUUCAAAACUCUGAAAAUUUUACACAGCAAAGGGGCCUUGAAGUUGACCACCUCUAAGUGCAUGCAACCUUGAAGUGCUCUUGCUGAUCAUGAUGUUGUUCAGUGGCAUGCGUGAUCAUUAUGAUGUGUGGAGGAGAAUGUUUGUACUCAUAAAGGGAUGAGAUGGCAGAGACACGAUAGGCUAUGUCUCAGCUUCUUGAGAAGGGGUUCUGAGUGUGUUGCCUGAGUGUGCCUUCAGUAUUCCAACCGCUGAAUAACUGGAUGUAAAGAAUAAUAAUAUGAAUUGUGCAUUGGGUGCAGUAUAUCGCUAUGGAACUGUCAUUCUGGGUUCUAUGACCUCUUUAAGAGUCACACACUGUACUUUCAGCAAUCUUUUUUUUGGUUACAUGGAACCAUAACACAGAAUACAGAAUUCUGUAUUUCCUUGACUGUCUUUUAGUAUACACAGAAAGAAAGUUAUGCCAAUCCAUUAAAGCAAUUUGGAUGUUCUGAAAGGGACUGGGUUCCCUUAAUAUUAAACCCAAAGAGGGUCAUUUCUUUUUCAUUUCACAUUUCUUUACAAUAUUGUAUGGUUCUUUAAUGCUGUACUUUUUAGAAUUUAGAGGCCUCAGGUCAAAAAUUAUUUUUAUAUGUUUAGAUGGUAGCCAAUGUGAAAUUUCACACAUGCUAUUUAUAUGAUUGAUUCAGCUUCUUACACUAAUGUGCAUUUGCCCGGAUACAUUUUCCUCUUUUGUAAAACUUGGAUGUAAAACAUUGAUGAAUGUACAACUACCUAAACGGUGUGGGCUAUGCUGUCUUGUGCUUUAGAUGAUAGAAAAAAAGAAAUACUUAAGAAUAUUUCUGGUGGUAAUAUUGAAAUAAGUCAGUCUGUUUUCAUAUUUUGUAGAUAGUUCACAUGAUUCUGACACCUGAGGGUUGUCUUACUCAUCUCCAUGCGCAUGCGUCAUCAUAGGGAAUGUGUUACACAGGGAGGGCAACACCAAUCAGCUUUCUGUGUUUUUCCAGUGUCAAAAUUCUUGUGCAACCGACUGGCCUACUCUUUUUGAGGCAUAAUUGAAAAGGUUAAUUAUGUUCUGAUAUUGACAGACAUUUGACAACGUCUGCAUACAAAUGGUGAGGCAACGUGUUUAGGUGCUGCUGCUGUCAGCACAUUAAGCCAGUCUGUCUCACAUGGUCAUCCUUUAAAACAAUGUUGAGAAACCUUUUCUUCAAUACCCUACAUGCCCCCGUCACGAUUAUUUAGUAUUCAAUCCAAGUACUGCAGUUGAGGAACGAUAUUGUCAGAGUGAAUUGCAAAAAUGGUGUUUGGUUCAUACAGUUAAUUCUCAUUACACAGGAUUUUUUUUUCUUUUUUUUCUUUCUCACAUCACUAGCUGUCUCUUAAGGUCAAAACCACUCAAGUCAGGUAUCAACAAUGUGAUUAUGUACAUACAUGGUAGUAUUACAUUUAGAGCAACAGGUAUGAAUUUGAAUGUCUCCAUUUAUGUAAUAAACUGUGAUCUGCCUUUUUUGUAAUGAAUAUCAGUAUUAAUUUAGAACGAAUAAGGGAAAAGUCAUUUAGAUGACGUGCAUCAUGCCUUUUUUUUAUGUAAUUAUAAUUUAUUUAUUCUUUACUUAUGUGAAAUCUGCUGUGUUAUAUAUUGUUUUUAUAGGUUCAUAUGUCUGUAAUUUAUAUGAAUGUAAUGUUUUUGUACUCUGAAUCAAACCGACUAAGGUGUUGAAUGUGAUAGGGUAUGGAUCGUUUUUAAAAGAAAUUUGAUACUUUUCCCCUCUACAUUUUAGUUACAAUUUUGGUUUGAAUUUGUUUUUAAUAUCAAAUUUCUAUGUUUGUGAAAAUGCAUUUUAGAAAUAUUGAAUAAACAUGAAUAUUUACUAUUUAAUAGUAGCCUAAGGUU